UCCCGCGCUUUCGCAAUGCUUCGUCUACCCUCUCCUCCUUCCUCCCGUCCAUCUCCCUCGCGACGCCAGCCCCCUCAGAUAUUUUCCCCACCCGCCUGCCGCGUUAUAUGUACAGGCUGGCCCCCUCCAACGCUUUCCCUCGUCGCCCGCCUCCAGUCGCAAUCAUCAUCAUCCAUCCAUCCCGAGCACAGCACAGCACAGCUAAUGCUCUAGCACCAGCGCGCGAUAGGCCACGAGGGGGAGCAGGAGGCCGGUCGAAGAGCCCAGCGAGAUACUGAAGCCUUGAGGGUGCAACCCAGGACUGGUCGUGUCGUGUGAUGAGCGGGAAGCGGGGGAUAGGAGGGAUGGCGAGAUCCUACUACGCCGUGCUCGGCGUGCAGCCGGGCGCGUCCGCCGCCGAGAUACGCGCCGCGUAUCACCGCCUCGCCAUGAGGUGGCACCCGGACAAGCUCGCCAAUGGCCGCGUGGAUCCGGCGCUCGCGGAGGAGGCCAAGAGCAGGUUCCAGCAGAUACAUGAGGCCUACCAAGUGCUGUCGGACGAGAAGAGGAGGGCUUUGUACGACGCCGGGAUGUACGACCCUCUCGACGACGACCAGGAGGAGGUGGAGGGAUUCCACGACUUCCUCCAGGAGAUGAUCUCGCUCAUGGCGACCGUGGGGAGAGAGGAGCCCGUGUACAGCCUGGACGAACUCCAAUCCAUGCUCGACGGGAUGAUACAGGACUUCACCACGCCGCAGCCUGCGCCGAGCGGCUUCUUCACCGGUGCGCCAAUGCCGUUCGGCAAACAGAGCAGCGUGGAGCAGCAACGCGGCGCCUCCUCGCGGAUGCAAACCCCAAGGGUCGGCGACGCUGCCUGCUUCUGCCGCCGGACGGCUUUCUCCCGGUGAUGAUUUUUUUGAACGAUGCUCCCGGUGAUCAUUUGAGUCGAAUUUUCAUCCAUCCGGCAGAUGUGUACAAGUGUACAUGUUCAGUGAUAAGGAGACCCACAUCGCGCAGUGCGAUGCAGAAGUAGGGAAUCGAUGGGGGUUUCCCAGCUCGUAAAAUGCACGAAGCAGGAGUCAAUCAGGGGCAUCAUCCAUUUGUGAUUGGGAACACAUUUGCGAUUGGUGUCUUUGGUGUAGAAUGCAGAAUCCCCACUGAGCAGAAACUUGAAAGAUUUUUGUUGGCUCGGGUCUGAAUGUUGUAUAUACGUCGAGUGUAAUACGUUAAGAACAGCUGUGUUGCCUCUGUA